AUGGAGACGGAAGCGCCCCCUGUGGCCGCUCCCGAGCCCCCUCCCGCGGCGCCCGAGCCCGCGCCGGCGCCAGCGCCGGUCGCGGCGCCGGAGCCGGAGCCCGAACCGGCGCCGGAGCCGUCGCCGUCGCCCGAGCCCGAGCCGGCGCCUCCCGCCGCCGAUCCCGCGCCGGUCGCGCCCGCGCCGGCGGAGCCCGAGCCCCCCGCGCUGGCGGAGCCCGAGCCCCCCGCGCCGGUGGAGCCGGAAGCGGAGGAGGUUCCCGCGCCCGAGCCGGAGCCCCCCGCGCCCGAGCCGGAGCCCCCCGCGCCCGAGCCGGAGCCGAUGGAGGCGCCCGCGCCGGUCGAGGAACCGCCCGCCCCGAAGGCGCCCGCGCCGGUCGAGGAACCGCCCGCCCCGGAGGCGCCCGCGCCGGUCGAGGAACCGCCCGCCCCGGAGGCUUCCGCGCCGGAGAUGGAGACGCCCUCGGAGCCGGACGACGGCCGCGCGCGCCGCCCGAAGCGCGCCGCGCCCGGGAUCGACCCCGGACGCGUGACGCAGUCGGCGCGCACGGGCGGCCUCCUCCACACCGCGAGCGGACGGCAACAGGCGAAGGCGCUCGUCGACGAGGCCGUGUUCCGACGCGAACGCAUCCUGGACGUGUACCACGCGGUCGAGUCGCUGUGCUUCUACACCGCGAAGGAGAUGACCGCGCAGAUGGAGGUGAUCGACGGCGCGCUGACGCUCCGAGUGCCGCACGGACCGACGGCGAUGCGCGUCGUCGUCGGGGAUUUACUCGCCGUGUUACCCAAACACCUCAUCGCGCUCAAGUCGCUGACGAAGACGCAAACCGAGGCGUGGUUUCCAGGCAGCGACACGCACUGGGGUUUAGAGUCCGCGGACGGGCUCCCCGGGUACCGCCGCCGCGCGAUGACGACGCUCGAGACGCUCUGCGAAGUCGCCGCGAGCGGGAAGCAUCGCAGGCUCUACAACGCCAUCACCGCGGAGGUGGUAUCGAGCGUGCAAGACCUCGCGCGGAUCGCCGCGCUCGAGCUCGCGUCGAAGAAGAAGAUCAAGAAGAAGAUCGGCCAGCGCGGCGUCCCGGAGGAGCAGGCGGCGAAGGACGCGGAGGAAUUCCUCGAGCUCGCGCGCGCGGCGGCGCAGACGCUCAAGUCAGUGUGCACGCUGUUCGAAUGGCGGGACCAGUACGCGGCGGCGGCGGCGGCGACGUACCCGCCGACGCCCGGGAGGAACCCGCUCGGGGCGCCGUCGAGGGAUACCCUGCUCGACGCCGUCGUCGACGCCGCGUUCGUCGCCGUGCGACGCGCGACGCCGCUGCCGAGCGUCGGGACGGUGCAGAGCGUGGACGCGGUGGCUCCCGCGAGGGCGCUGCUGGCGGGGGCGGCGCGGCUGGCUGGCGUGGAGGGCGCCGCGGGCGUCUUCGCGCGCGGCGGCGUCGACCGCCUGCGUCCGAUUCUUCGCCUCGCGCUCGCGGCGACGCGGCUCGCGGCCGCCGCGCCGGAGGACCCGUCCGGGGAGAUCGCCGCGGCGGCGGCGCUCGCGGCGGCGAAGGGCGAAGCCCCGCCACCGGCGAGCGACGCGUCCAAAGCCGCCGCGGAGGCGAGGGACGCGUUGCUUCCCGUCGCGACGCACGGGCUCGGUCUGCUGCAAACGUUGCUCGACCUCGAGCAGGAACACCCGAAACCGUUUUGUUUCCUGGACGCCGCCGCCGCGGACGACGGCGAGGACGGCGUCGCGGACAUGCUCGCCGCCGCCGUCGGCGCCGUCUUGCGCGCGACGACGGAGACGAUGGACGCGCAGACGACGGCGGCGAUGAACGGGUGGAUCGGGGACGGAGGCGCGAACAAAUGGGAGAAGACGAACGUCCCGGAGCAGCGGAAGGGCGAGUUCGCGGGGCUGAUGGACGAGGAGGAGGAGAAGGCGGCCACACAGACCCCGGAGGAGGCGGAGGCGGCGAAGAAGCAGCGCGAAGCGGAGGAGGCGGAGCACCGCGCGAGGAAGCUCCCGCCGCCCGUCGGACGCGGGUCCGGGGCGUUGAUCCUCGCCGCGAUGCGAUCCGCGGAGGCGCUGAGCGUGGACAGCGGCACGCAGGUGGCGACGAUGGACGCGCUCGCGGUGCCGCUCGCGAGGACGCUGUCCCUCCCCGAGGACGUGUUCGCGCAGUGGUGGUGCGGCGGCGGCGCCGCGCGGUUGAUUCACACGGACGACUCGGACGUGCAAGCCGCGGCGGCGGCGGCGGCGGCGGCGGCGACGGACGGGCCCGACGGCGCGGCGCAGGCGAAGUCCUCCGCGGUGUCCGCGAUGUUCUCCCCGGAUCCGGGGUGCCGCAUCCCGCACGCCGUCAGGGAAGACCUCGCGAGCGACGGGCUGUUGCGCGUCGCGGAGAGAGCGCUGCUGUUGCAUCACCUUCUCGGGAACCUCCACAUUCACGACGCGCGCGUCGCCGGCGGCGUCGACCGCGGCCGGUUCCUCGGCCUCAUCGUGGACGAGCUCGGCGGGAGUAAGGGCCACGAGGAGAGCGGCGCCGACGGCGGCGUCCUGAGCAGGGCGUUCAAGAACCUCGAAACUCUGCACGAGUACGCGCGUAAGUCGCUGCCGGAGGGCACCGUCGCGGAGCACGACGUCGUCAUCGUCGACACGCUCAUCGCGGAGUUCAAGACGCACACGCCGGGGGGCGGCGGCGCGGAGGCUGCGGCGGCUGCGGCGGCGGCGAGCGCGGCCGCGGCAGCCGCGGCCGCGCCGAAAGUCGACGCGAUGGUCGCGUGA